AUGGAGAACUCGACACAGAUUGUGUCAUUUCUUCUGGCUAUGUAUGGUAACAUGGGACAAUUGAAGUACUUAUAUUUCACUCUGGCAUUGCUAUUUUACAUUUCAGUUAUUUUUGCCAACACAGUUCUUAUUGUUAUUAUUUAUGUGGACAGAAAUCUGCAUGAGCCCAUGUAUAUAUUCCUGUGUAAUCUGUUUGUCAAUGAAAUAUAUGGCAGCACGUCUUUGUUGCCCUGCUUAAUGGAUCAAAUCUUGUCAGAGACUCAUGAAAUUUCUGUUUUUUACUGCUUCCUUCAGAUAUUUAACAUUCAUACAUAUGUAGCUAUUGAAUUUGGAACAUUGACAAUAAUGGCAUAUGACAGAUAUGUAUGUAUUUGCAAGCCUUUACAUUACAACGUCAUAAUAACUAAACAAAUAGUACAAAAGGUAAUUAUUGUCAUUUGGAUAGUUUCUUUUAUAGAAGUUGGAGUUUUACUGUCAUUCACUAUUAGUUUAAAGCGUUGCGGGGCUGUUAUUAACAAAGUAUUUUGUGCACAUCACCUUGUAGUUGAACUCUCUUGUUCAUCAGACAGAACAGUGUCACUUAUUCAUGAUCUUGUGUUUGGUCUUAUUUUCACUGUUGCUGCUCCUGUCAGUUAUAUUUCUUACACGUAUGUAAAGAUUUUGUCCGUGUGUUUAAAAGGUUCCAAGGAGACCAGGAUGAAAGCUUUUGACACCUGCACUCCACAUUUAGCUUCACUCAUUAGUUUUGUCUUUGCCUGUUUUUAUAGUUUGAUCACUCAGAGAUUCGACAUGUUGUCUGUUCCUUAUCCGCUCUGUGUUUUCUUGUCUAUGUAUGUAGUGAUCAUUACGCCUCUUCAAAAUCCAAUCAUGUACGGCCUUAAACUGUCAAAAAUUAGACAUGCUUGUAAACAUUUGUGGUCAUUAAAAACAUUGCAAUUCUACAUUUUCGUGGAGAGUUUUUAAAUUCUAGAGUCCGUUAUUAAUGAAGAUGAUACAGUACAGUUUAGAUUGUGAACAUCUGUUCUGUUGACAUGAGAGAGAUGAAUAAGCAAGGCUCAUUGUUAUGUCAUACUAACAACAAACCAAUACAUUAAUUACUAUAUCAUCAUAAACACAAUCACUCAAGUGUUUGACUUGUAGUGACUUUAUUUAUGAUGACAUAGGAUGGUAAGCUUCUAACACUUUUAAG